UUUGCUUUACAAAGCAGGUUUCUUCAGAAGGCUGCAUUUCAUGUCCAGAGAGCAUAUGCCGACUCACAUGUUACAUCAAGCGCUCCUCUCUUCAUUGUCCUGAUGUUCUUUAUCAGAACAUGUCGUCUCACAGCUGUAGGCUCCAUGUGACUGCCACACACUGCCAAAGAGGAGCUCACUAGUUCCUGCCCUGCCUGGAGACCCGUGUACAUGUGCUUCCAUUUGCCAGUUGAAAGUUGUUUCUUCUCAAGAAGACAGGAAGGCAAGCCUGAGGUGCUCUUUCAGAGAAGCAAAUGAUUUAUGCCAGCCAUGUCACUAGCUGAAUGGGUUUCACAACCCUCUGACUCUGUGGGCUUUUGUUGGUAGUCACACUGGGAUCUGUUGAUCUACAACGUUAAUGUUGAGCGUGUUGUGUUUUAAGGUUUUGAGGAAAAUGCAGAGACGGCAUAGCAGCAACACUGACAACGUUCCUCCUGAAAGAAACCGGAGCCAAACAGUCAGUUCUGAAACCAGCGUGGAUGAAAGCGGAGUUUUUGAAAGUCUGAAGGCUGAAGCUUCUUCACCACAACAGCUGUUCUCAGGCCUGGCAGGUAUCCCGUCGGGCACCAUCACAGCCACGCCGUUCCAGUCUGGUUUGGUUCUGGGCUCUUCAGCAGGAGGUGGGGAAGUAUUCAUUCAGAUGCCAGCCCCACGGGAGGAAGGGACCAGCCGCACAGAAGGAGCCCCGUUUCACCACCGGCAGUCAUCCCAUCAUUUCCACCAUGGCCAUCACAGGGGUUCAUCUCUUCUGCAUAUGGCAGGAGGUGACCGCCAUGGGCAUGCUGAGGAAGGCAGUGACGACCAAGCUGGAACUGCAGCCCCAGCUCUUUCAGAGUUAAAAGCUGUGAUAGGUUGGCUGCAGAAGGGACUUCCCUUCAUCUUGAUCCUCCUGGCUAAAGUUUGUUUCCAGCACAAGCUUGGGAUUGCCGUGUGCAUUGGUAUGGCCAGCACAUUCGCAUACGCCAACUCAGCGCUCCGAGAGCAGGUUGCUCUGAAGGAGAAGAGAUCAGUGUUGGUUGUCUUCUGGAUCCUGGCCUUUCUUACUGGAAAUACCUUGUACUUGCUUUACACAUUCAGCUCUCAGCAGCUGUACAACAGCCUUAUAUUUCUGAAACCCAACCUUGAGAGGCUGGACUUCUUCGACCUGAUGUGGAUUGUGGGGAUCGCAGACUUUGUACUGAAGUAUCUCACCAUUGCACUGAAAUGCCUAGUUGUUGCCCUGCCUAAGAUCAUCCUAGCUGUCAAGUCAAAGGGAAAGUUUUAUCUGGUUAUUGAGGAGCUGAGCCAGCUGUUUCGCUCCCUUGUCCCCAUCCAACUAUGGUAUAAAUACAUCAUGGGAGAUGAUCCAUCCAGCAGCUACUUCCUAGGUGGGAUCCUGAUCAUCCUGUAUAGCCUCUGCAAGUCUUUUGACAUCUGUGGUCGUGUGGGAAGCGUCCGGAAGGCACUGAAGGUCCUUUGCACCCCACAGACCUAUGGAGUUCGUGCUACCAGCCAGCAGUGCAGUGAGGCAGGUGACAUCUGUGCCAUUUGCCAAGCAGAAUUCAGGGAACCUUUGAUCCUUAUGUGCCAGCAUGUGUUUUGUGAAGAAUGCCUCUGCCUCUGGUUUGACAGGGAGAAGACCUGUCCUCUGUGUCGUUCUGUCACAGUAGAAACCCUGCGUUGCUGGAAAGAUGGCACCACCUCUGCUCAUUUCCAGGUGUAUUAAAACAAACACAUACCGACAGAUGGAGUAAAUGUCCAGAGAGCAGAAGCUGGAAAACCCUGUGAUCCCAUACCCCUGUUUAGUUGCCUGUGGAUUUUUUGUCUUAGUCUUUCUUCCAGCUCUGUUUCUCCAAGAGCCAAAAGAACAAUUGUUACUAGCCAGAAACUUUAUCUUCAAAGGCAAGGAAGAUGUGUUUUAUGUUAUGGCAAACCCCAUGGCUAAGCUACAGCCAAGAUUUUUUCUUGAACUUACAUGGUUAUAAACUGCUUGGGAUGUUUCCCUUUUUUCUGUCCUUUUAGUAUAGUUAAAUAUUGUGUGUAUCAGGCAAGCGUACUGUGAACUGCAUGUGUAUAACCUGGUGUACUGGAAAAAAGCUGUCCUCCUCUGGCUCAGACCGCUGGUGAGAUCUUCCACAUUAAAUGGCACUAGCUUCCCUGAAUCUGUAACUUCACAGCAUUACAGUGUUCUGUUAUAUUACCUUUGAGAACUCCAAAACAGUGCUUCAGAACCUCAUGCCCAAAGUUUAUUUGCAGUUGGAGAAACAUAAUUUCCCAGCACCUGUGUUUUUGCGAUUGAUUCCACAAAUUGUGUUGUCUUAUUAAUAAAAUCUCAAGGAACUCGGGAAAGACUCUGCUAAUGAAGGUGGAAAUAACACUUGCUUUUCUUGGGAAUGUGUUUCCUCUUUAAUUUUCACAAUCAAACUUUGUGAUUUCCUAGGGUAUGGGGACAGCGGAAGGCCGGGAGAUGUUAAAGUCAAGUUUGAUUUGUCUAGGUGAAAAGUUGAGGUCCUAACCAAGAAUAUCUCACAAAUUCAGGUACUCUGCAAUGUGCUCCCCAGUGCAGCCGCUUGAGGCAAGGCUUGCUGGCCUUAAAACCAGCACCACUCAGCAUCCAGAGCCUGCCCCAGGAGCACUGAGCCGGUUCAGCACCACCGACACCAGACACAGCCCUGGGACAGCAGGGUUGGGCCAGAGCUACCAGCUUGAAGGCAGAAUCGUGCAGAAGCAGCUGCGCUGCUGCGGGAGCUGCCUAGGUUACACACAGCUGGCUAAUCCACGCGUGAUGGUGAGGACUGGAUUGUAACACCUCUGCUUCAGGAAAAGCCCUUCGAGGAGGUUCCUUCUGUUGUUAAUGGAGGAAUUAACAUACUUCAUACUGCUGCAAUUUCCUCUCUGCUGAGGGUGCUGCAGGGGCACUUGCGUGUGAGUGGCGUUGCUGUUUGUUUGCGGAUAUUGUUUUCUUACUAAACAACCUCUGCUUUUUGCUGCACGCCCAGAGAAAGUGCCUCAUUAGGCAACUGUGGCAUCUUCCACGCUCAUUACUAUGGAAAUGGCCAUAAGGUUACCAUCCCACUUGAGCGGAAAAUCAGGAAGAACUGUACCUGGGGGAAAUGAGCCUGUGUGUAUGUACUGACUGCUGCCUUCCCCUCUUGCUGGGAAACUCCACAGGGAGAAGAAUUAAAGUAAACAGGAGCUAAUGGGAACAGCAUUAAGGUUCAACGUUUCUUUGGGAUAAUAGUUCAGUAUGGCUAGAGGAGAAAUGAUGAGAGGCAGAGCCUGAGCAGGAAGAUCAUCCAAAUCUGGCUUGGGAGAUACCGGGAAGUAGAGGAGGAAAAGCUUUACUUUCCCAAACAAAGUGAUUUGAUUCCUGUCAAAUGAAUCCCAUGGAAGUAGAGAACUAAGCCAAGGAAUCCAGUGGCUAUCUCCAAUGGGAGAUGGUGGCCUUUUGGGGAUGGGGGAAGAGAGUUCAGUAAGGAAGGGAGCCAGGUUUUCAGUGAGCAUAAAGAUAUUGUUAUGUAUGACAGUCUGGUGUAUUCACCAGGAAAAGGGAAAAUUACUGAUUCUGUAGGAAGGCAAUUUCUGAAAGGUUUCAGCAUCAGUUUUCAGUGCAGUGCCAAUUAAUUAAAAGGUUGGUGAUACCUGCUUUCAAAAUGUUUGAAAAGCCACUUCUGAUUUUUUUUCUACACGGUCCUGGAAAAUGUGUUUGGAGAAGUGUAUGAAAAGGUCAAUAUGAGCCUAACACUACAGAUAGCACCUGGUACACUGUUUCAAAAUUACUUUUUUUUAUUUGGAGAUAAGGAAGGAAGGCAAUCAGAGCAAAACUACAGGGAAUAUUUUUUGCCAUUCUUAUAGUCCUUUUUCUUUAUUUUUUCUUUAUUAAAUGAUCUUCCCCAGUUGUCAGUGUAAGAGAGGGGACUCAUCAUCAUAUACUUGAAACACCUUGCUGAAGCCCAAGGACUGGGAAGGAUGACAGGGCAAGGCCCCAUAGCAGCACCCAGUAAAACUGCCAUGGACCUUGGGUGCUUCUGGUACCCGUGUAAGAACACCUGCGCCAGCAUCAGAAUUUUCUAAAGAACUCACGAUGAUUCAUUUUUCUUUUGCUUCAUCUCAAGUGAUUCCUUCUUGAUUUUUGCUUUCCCUCCCUAUUCCAAGGCAGCACUCAGGUCGCUCUGUAGAAGCCUGGCUGCUCGGGUGUUGUGCUGCCGAGGCAUCCACCCGCUGUAUUCUUAGUCUCAGCAGAGCUCCGGGGAGACUGCUGUCUGCGUGGCCCCCAAGACAGCAGUUCUGCUGCUGUUCAGCUGCCCCGAUCCCUUACGGGAGGGCCUGUGGCGAGGGCACAGCCCUGGACCUGUGAUGUGGCGGGCAUCCACCCAUCAACUGGUGCUAAACAGAGGGUGAAAUGUUAUGCUGUGGAUAUUUAUUCUCCUGGAAGCAUAACAAAGAUCAUCUUAAUCCUGCAAGAUACAGGAUUUACUACAGGUCACGAUUAUAUAGCUGUUAAAUUAAACCAACAUCCUUCAGUGCCUGUUCUCUGGCCUGGACGUGGUGGAAGGGCGAGCUCUGUGCUGUUGGUGGUCUGUCAGACCCUCCCUCCUCGGGUAGGUUGUGGUGGUGGUUUGGUGAUGCCUCUCCUAGAACAUGGCAUUUGGACCACAAAACAUGCAGGGGAAACUACAAUUCUGGUGACAACUGAUGAGAAACUUCAUGGAUUUCCAUGGGAAAACAAGGGUUGUGGGAAGAAAUUACUCUCAUUUCAGAGAGGAAAUAAAAACUGGAGCUUUUUUUUGCCACUGAACAGUUUUUUUUUUUUUAUUAAAGUCAUUAUAAAUAUGUACAAAGAGUCUCAGCGUAUGAAAAUCCUUUUACAAAAGAGAGAAGCCACAUCCAACCUUAUACAGGAGCCUUCAUGACCUCCUAUCAGCAGUGAGCAAAUGCUUUGCUCUUGCUUUGGUGAGGGUGGAAACUUGCACAGUGACUCUGCAAGAGUUUACAUCCAAAGAGCACCAAGUGACAUGCAAGGAAUUGUGUAUUCACUGCAUUUCAUCUGGUUUAUUCUGCUAGCAAUCUGGGAGCAGGCUGGGAAAUAACAUCUGAAGGACUAAAGAUGGGAGAUUUUUUCUUGUGAUAAACUGUGGUCUUCAGAUGGGCUGGAAAGGUUAUGCUGUGAAUGCCCAUGGAAACUAAAUCCCAUUAUACCUCUAUUCAGGUGGCAUCUGUAACUAAUACUGGAUGGAACUAAUAAUGGCAGUUCAACACCCAGAUGCUUUCAGUGAAUAUUUGAAUAUUCCAAAGUCACUUUCUGUAAGUAUUAAAAAACUUGUGAAAUUCUGUUACUCAAGUAUUCAUGCAGAGUGAACACUGAAGUCUGAUCAGAGUUACAUGAAAAUUCACUCUUGUAUUCAAAUAAAUAUUGUCAGGAAAAAAAUAUUCACUUUUUUUGAGUUUUAAAUUUCCCUUGCAGAUGGGAAACAGAAAUUCUGCAGCUUUGACUAGAGCAGUCAGCUUUCUCCCACAGCUGCCGAGGGCAGAGCCGCAGUCGGGAGGACCCGCGUGUGGGAGCGUGUUGGGGCCUCUGGAGGCUCUUGUUCGGCAGACGGCGCGUGGUUCAACCAGGAGUGGCAGAGGGAGCAGCAGGCGAGCGCCCGAGGCAGGGACAGGGAUACAGCUGUGCUGUGAGCAAAGAGCCUCCGGGUGAGGAGGGCUUGGCAGCCAGGCCAGGCUGGAACGGGAAAACCCAGGUAAGGGCAGCACGUGGGGAUUGUUCCUCUCCGCCACGCAGACUGCCCGAUAAUCUGGUGUUUUCCUAAGGAAGAUCAAGCCCCUUGUUGCUCAGACCUCCCUAGGCAUGCGGAUUUUGAAUGAACAUGGCCAGUGUCUCCUGACUGUGCUGAGAGAGAUGAACACGUUCAGCAUAGCGUACAGCAAGCAGUGCCUUGCCAAGUGUUAUACAAGAAUGAGGCCGAUUUUGAAGCUGGGAUUCAAAAUCAAAUUUGCACUAAGCAAGUGUACCCUAAGAAAAGUUGUGAAGAUACUGCUCCCCUGUUGUGGAGGUAGAAUAUAGCCAGGAGGUUUUGACAUGGACAAAAAAUGGGGGGUCCAGGAUUUAAUUUAGAGCCACAGGUAGUCUGUUUUAUCUCUCAGACUUCUGCCAACGUCAUGGACAGGUGUUUUAAAACCAUUUGUAGGAAGAUUAACUAUUGAGGUAGAUGUACUAUUCUGUCCUCAUCACCAUUUUGCACACGGUAGUGCAUUUUUUCAGAAGAUCUUCACUUUUGUUUCCCUAUUCUCCACUGCUCCCCCCCUCAGUGAGUUCUCCUCUGCCUGCCCAGUCCACCAGGGCUACGGCGACAGCAGCAUUUAACCCAACUGUCUGGUGUCAUGAGGCAGCAGAGAGAAGUGCCAUGUUCCACCCCCUACAUGGACAUGGAAACUGCACCAGUUUAACUGAAUCUGUAAUCUCUUUCACUCAAAGGUUCUGUUCCUGCUUCUGCAGUGGAUUUAAGACCCUUAAGAUUUUAAAGCAUGAUAUGGAAACAAAGCAAAUUCACAAAUCAGAUUACACUGAUUUAACAAGUGUUUCUGAUCUAAGUAAAUUGCUUUAGUAAUGGGCUUUGCUAAAUGAGGGUAAUUUCUGCAUGCCUACAUGCUCGAAACCAGAAGUGUGAUGGGUUUCUCAUUCCUCACCACUGGCAACGCACUGAUUUUGGUGAUUUGCUGUAAGUUUUUAUUGGGUGAUGCCUCUCCUGGUGUGUAUGACAGGAGGCCUGGUCCCAUUCCAUUUUUUUUUUUUACCUACUGAAAAUUAAGACUGAAGAAGAAGGAAUCUGGAAUUAAUGGGCUAAAUUCUGUCCUGGGUGUAACCCAGCUGUCUGCAAGCAGACAGCAGUGCUAUCCUAGAAUUGAUUUGGCCAAAGGACUUAUUUUAACAAGCAAGGGGAGAGAAGCUGAUUAGUAGUCCACACUAGACUGCUUUUUUAACUUGAAAUAUGAAGUUUCAAUAUGUGAUGGGAGCUAUCUUGGUGGAGUGCUGCUUUAAAAAUUAAUAAAGACUUUCCUCACAGCCACAUUAUGCGGCGUUCUAUAUAGACUAUGAUCUCAUAACCUCCUCCUCUGGCUUGCACACGCACCGUCUGCUGAAACCUAAGAUGAGGUCUUUUUUUUUCAUUUAGAGAGCACUACCCAGCCUUCACAGAGGCGCAACUGCGAAGCUAAUCAAAAUCAAUGACUUCUUGGCUGCUGUAAAAAAAAAAAAAAAAACAAACAAAAAAACCCAAAACAAACAAACACCAGAGGAGCAAGAGAGAGGAACUGUGCUGGUUUCCUACCCAUUAGUACGGUACAGAACCCCCCCACCAUCUCACACAGCUGUUGCAAUACAUUAAGAACAGCACUAGGGGAGUAUGCAGCAUGCUUUCUUUUCCAAUACAAACAUCAACCAGGGUUAAAUGAGAUAUUUUAAAAAGGAUAAAAACACCCCUUGUCAAAAACUGGAGGCAUUCAAGAAUAGCAAUUAUACCAGAAAAUGUAAGGCUUUAACAAAUACAUACCCUCUAGUAAUUCAAUUUAUGUACAGUGAAUGCUGGCUGUAAAGUCCUGGGAAGCUGUUUCUCUAGCAAAACUUGCUUGACCCAGCAACUAAUAGAUGAAAGUCUCCAAAACUUAACCCUCUUUCACACUAAACAUCCAAUUUAGAAGUACAAAAGUGAAGCAAAUCAGGAUUAAAGCAGGUUUUGGGGUACUAGACCUGCUCUUGUUCACACUUGGGAAGCAUCGUAAAUUUGGUUGUUGUUUGACGAGAAUAACAGGCAGCACGUGUCUUCUACUGUUUUUUGCUGAAUGUUGGGAACCACCAAGGAGGAAACUGCUCCCCUGGGAGUUCUGGGGUUUUGGUUUUUUUUACAGAAAAGCCUGCCCAUGGAGGGUUAGGACUGAGGGAUAUUAGCCAAUCAUGCUGCUGCUGAGGUUGAUCAUUGAUUCAGAGGGCUUUCCCAAGGUGAGGAUGCUAUGGUAAGGACAGAACUUUCUUUCCCUUGGCUGUGCUGUCACGUUUCAGGGGAAUUGCUUCUUUGGGAAAAAUGCUGCAAGAAGUCUCAAGGCUGCAGCCCCAAAGAGCCAGUGUGGCAGGAAGAGCAAUGGCAGUGCAGACUGUAUGCACAGAAGAUGCAGGGGAAAAUGGACUAAUGCACAUUCCAGGUGAGAAGUUUAUUAAACAUUCAGAGCUCAGGAGCUAGUAAUUGUUAACAGUGAGGAAUAUGCAGGAGAGCCCUCUCUCUGGCACUGAGAAAUGAAAGCCAGCUCCCAUGCCGGAUGGGCCGGCCGGGGGGGACACACACAGGGUGAGGAAAGGUGGCAGAGGGAAGACCUCCUGCAGGCUGUGUGUCCCCUACAGCAAAGCAUCCAGUGUUCCCAAUCAAUUAUUUUCUGUUCAUCUCUGACUUGUGCAAUACCGUGCACACAAUUUCACUUCCUCAUUUGAGGGAUUUGCAGAAAGUUGUAUCUUUUAAGACUGUGCCCGAUCCAGCAGUCCCUAACCCAGCACUUGCCACACUGCUGAAAUCAGCUGAAGCUCCUCCUUUUGCUAGAAGAAUUCUUAUUUAUUUCAGCAGGAGACUGAGCCGGGAAGGAAUACAGGAUGCCGAGUACUACUGAGCAUCAGGCCAAAAAUGGUAGAAAAAUGUUUUAUUGGUCCCUGUGGCUCUGAGAGCAUCCACACUCUACCAACAGACAAACUACACUUAGCUACAUGAUCCCUCCCAACACUGCACACAAUAUAAAGUAGGGCAAGGUUAUUCAUUAGGAACAAUUUGCUCUUUCAGCACAGCCCUUUCUGCUGUUUGUGAAUUGACUUGGAUCAAUAAUACCUGCAAAUAUGUGUGCAGGGGCCCAAAACACAUCGGUGAAUAUUUGAUAAAGGGAGAAUGUAGCUUUUAGAAUGCUUAGAAACACUUUGCCUGCAGUCAUGAAAAAUGGCAGGUUUGACUGGGACACAGUGGCCACUCGGCUUGUUCCUGGACUGGGUGAGGGUUAGGAAGUAUUUUUAAAAGACAAGGAGCCAAAUUUAUGUUGGAAAUUGGGUUCUUAACAUUCCUUCAUCCCUUUAAAAAUUCUCCCCUGUCACAGAGCAUCAAUUUUCUGGUGUAAAUAUCUGAAGCUGGGAAAAAUGUUUCUCAAAAAAUGUGCGUAACGAUAAAUGUAAAUAGCAUCUGGAAGGUAUCCUGAAUCUGACAGGUAGUUUUGGCUGCAAGAAAAAAAGUGCUCAGUACUAGACUGAAAAAAGCCCUUUGACUUCUUGGGACAAGUUCUCCUGUUAUCCCCUAGUCUAUUGAUUAGUCUUGAUGUAGUUCUCUUCCCUGGUUCACAGGGUUUGAGACUACUUAAAUCACCCCCCGGGAGAGUACCCAGCUCUGGAGCCGUGGGAGAUUCUGCACUAGCAUACUCUGACAUGUACACUGCAGUGAAAAGAGCUGGCGUGUCUUUGCCACCUCAGUGAACGCUGCUUCCCAAGCUCUGAACCCUCAAAAGAAAAAGAAAUGCCCAAAGAAAAUUAGUUUUAUAAAGUUCUGGGUUAGAUUAUUUGUUUUGUCUUAAUUUCUGCAGAGUUUGAAAGAAAGAAAAAAAAUAGCACCUUCUCAACAAGUAUUUUUUUUUUGCUAUCUUGUGUAUAAAUAUUAAUAACCAAAAUAGAUUUCUCCUCGUCCCAUGUUUCAGAACAUUCUCUUGGGGAAACUGUAGCACCACAGAGAGGCAGUUUAGCCCCAGACAAAUAUUAAAUGUAGCACCAGAGAAACUAAAGUCAUAAGAAAAGCUUAUCUCACCUGGUGCUAUAGCGCUUAAUAUAUACACACACAAACUCUGUCGUCCGAGCUGCUAAGCACCUGUUUGUUCCCCCCCACCAUGGCUAGGACAUGCCCAUUUUGCAGCGUUUGGUCUCUCGAGAUAUUACUUAACUCUGGAUGUACAGAUUAUUUUUCAUCCUGCUGCAUUGAAAGGAACGUUUCUGUUGCCAUAAACAAGGUGCAGUGGAGAAAAUGCUCGCGUUACAGCAAGGACUUACUAAUCUUUUGACUCGGACUGCAGGAGCAUGAAUGCUCAGACCACCAUCAUCUACAAGGAAUGUUGCUUACGUUCUCAACAAGGCAUGCACGUUUUAACGUAUGCAUACAGGAGGGUUUACAUUCUUCUAUAUAUAAGCAUGUAAGUGUCUCUGUUUUGCUGCUGGGCCCUUGAACAGCUCCUUCCGUGCAAAUCCUUCUUCACGUUGCCCAAAGCACUUCCAACAUCUUCCACUUCUUUCUUUAUCUCCACUCUUCACAGCUGCUGCUCAGGCUCUGGAUUCCCUGGAGGAAAAGGGGAAACAAUUUUCUCCAAGGGCACAGGGUUUUCUCCAGCCUAAGAAAGCAAAAGAAUUGUGUUUGGUUUUAAUUAUAUUGAUGCAUUGGUUACAAUAAAAGCUUCUUUUAAAUUUAUGCUUGAACCCUCCUGCUAAAUUUACUGACAAGAAGGGGUAUAUAAUUUAUGGGGAGGAUGGUUUUGUGGUUCAACACAAGAGAUUAUGCCUUUAUCCCUGUGCUGCUACAGGAUUUCUGGUGAGCUCUCAUUUUGCGGGGCUCAUUCUUUUGGGUGCUCCAUCUUCAUUUACAUCACGUUAACAAAAAUGCUAACUUUUAGGGAAGCCAUUAAUUUUGUUUCAGGUAGGCAAUGGGGUGCAUUGAGUAUCACGGGAGACUGGAAGAACUCGCUCAUUCCUAGUUCUGCCACUGAUUAGAUUUGUGGCCCUGGGCAAACCACUUCUUUCAGUCGCUGCUGUAAAAUGAGGGCAGUAAUAACUUAUUUGCCUCAGAGGUGGGCUGCAAGCCUUAAUUAAUAAAGUGCUCAGAGAAAGGCACCUAUCUAAGUGCAAAUUAGCAGGAGAGGUGCCCAAGGGGCAUCUACUAUGAAAUUCCCAUUUCCCACAUUUAUACCUAGGUUUGUUGAUACCAGCGUUUGCUGGGAUAGAUCCCAUCUUUCAGACUGCGUUGUCUAGUUUGCAGAGACUGUGACAAUGAGUGAUCUUAUAAAAACCUCAGUGGAGAAAUCUCUGCUGGCCUUCUGGAUGAGGUGAUUUCACCCGGGUGGGAGAAAGGAGGGGGGAGUAGCUGACUAUGCAACCGCAUCAGCUAUGAAGUCAGAGUGUAAUUAGGGUUGGCAAACAGCUUUGGGGCAGAUUCUGGUCGGCAUUACUCCGGUGUAAACCCAGAAUCGUUUCCCUUCCUUCUGUAGCACUGCCCUGGUUAGGCCAGCGUGAAGGUUAUCAAAACUCAACGCUAAGACGGAC